GUCCUCCCGCGCCCCUCGUAAUCGGUUUCCUUUCGGCUCCUCAGUUUAAUUUUCUCCUUCUGGUCUCAACUCUCCGAUAACCGUCCAUGGGCGCCGAGUCGCUAGCAGGCGGAGAGCCGAGCACUGUGGAGCAAUUGAUCGACAGGCAGAAGCUUGCGGCCCCAAUCAAAACUGCAGUGGACAAGUUCCAGCUUGUUCCCGAGUUCUUGAAGGUGAGAGGAUUGGUGAAGCAGCACUUGGAUUCAUUCAAUUACUUUGUGAAUAUUGGUAUAAAGAAGAUUGUGCGAGCCAAUGAUCGCAUUGCAUCCACGGUUGAUCCCAGCAUCUACAUCAGGUUUAAAGAUGUGAGAAUUGGCACCCCUACUGUGGUAGUGGAUGGUGUUAGUGACAAACUUGCUCCCCACACAUGCCGGUUAUCUGACAUGACGUACACUGCACCAAUAUUGGUGGAUAUAGAGUAUAUUCAAGGAAGUAAUGAUCAGAAGUACAGAAGAGAAAAGCGCGAUAUUUCUAUUGGAAGAAUGCCUAUCAUGUUACGGAGUCAAUGCUGUGUAUUAUAUGGAAAGGAUGAAGCUGAACUUGCCAAACUUGGUGAAUGCCCUCUUGAUCCUGGAGGUUAUUUUGUCGUCAAAGGAACAGAGAAGGUGAUCUUAAUACAGGAGCAGCUAUCAAAGAACAGAAUCAUUAUUGACACUGACAAGAAGGGGAACCUGACAGCAUCUGUUAUGAGUAGUACAGAGGCAACAAAGAGUAAAACAGUUAUCGUGAUGGAAAAGGGGAAGAUGUAUUUGUCCCUUAACCAAUUUACAACAAAGAUACCUAUAAUGGUGGUCAUGAAGGCUAUGGGAAUUGAAAGUGAUCAAGAGGUUGUUCAAAUGCUAGGAAGAGAUCCUCGAUAUAGUGCACUACUCCUUCCAUCUCUUGAGGAAUGCGCAAGUCUUGAUAUCUUUACACAAGAAAAAGCAUUGAAAUACCUCGACAAUAAGAAAGACGGGAGGGCUUUGUCUAUCCUUAGGGACAUAUUUCUUGCUAAUGUUCCAGUUCACAACAAUAAUCUCCGCCCAAAAUGCAUUUAUGUUGCUGUAAUGCUCAGAAGAAUGAUGGAGGCUAUUUUAAACAAGGAUGCAAUGGAUGACAAGGAUUAUGUGGGAAACAAAAGGUUGGAGCUGUCAGGGCAGUUGAUAUCCUUGCUCUUUGAGGACUUGUUCAAGACAAUGAUCACGGAGGUUGAGAGGCAAAUUGAUUAUGGUCUCACCAAGAAAGUUCGAUCAAGCCAGAGUGAUCCUUCUCAGUAUUUACUCAGGGAUAGUAUAUCCAAUGGGCUAGAGAGAGCACUCUCCACUGGCAAUUGGGAUGUCAAGCGGUUUAGAAUGAACAGGAAAGGAGUUACACAGGUGUUGGCUAGGUUAUCCUUCAUAGGAUCUCUGGGUUACCUGACAAGAAUUAUGCCCCAAUUUGAGAAGUCGAGGAAAGUCAGUGGACCCAGAGCAUUGCAACCAAGUCAGUGGGGUAUGCUUUGUCCUUGUGAUACUCCGGAAGGUGAAGCUUGUGGACUGGUGAAGAAUUUGGCCCUAAUGACUCAUGUUACAACUGAUGAAGAGGAUGGCCCGUUAAUUUCUCUAUGCUACUGUUUAGGAGUAGAAGACCUCGAGCUUCUCUCUGGGGAAGAGCUUCACACUCCAAAUUCUUUCCUGGUCAUGUUUAACGGGCUGAUUCUUGGCAAACACAGGAGGCCUCAGCAUUUUGCUCAUGCGAUGCGAAAGCUGCGAAGAGCAUGCAAAAUCGGCGAGUUUGUGAGCAUAUUUGUUAAUGAAAAACAGCGUGUUGUUUAUAUUGCUUCUGAUGGAGGUCGAGUGUGUCGUCCACUGGUUAUCGCAGACAAAGGCAUAUCAAGAGUCAAAGAGCACCAUAUGAAGGAGCUUCUGGAUGGUGUUCGUACUUUUGACGACUUCUUACGAGAGGGAUUGAUCGAGUAUCUUGAUGUGAACGAGGAGAAUAAUGCUUUGAUUUCUUUAUAUGAAGGGGAGACUACUCCUGAGACCACUCAUAUUGAGAUAGAACCAUUCACCAUAUUAGGUGUUAUUGCUGGGCUAAUUCCAUAUCCUCAUCAUAAUCAGUCUCCAAGAAAUACGUAUCAGUGUGCCAUGGGGAAGCAAGCUAUGGGGAACAUAGCAUACAACCAGGCAAGUGAUGCAAUCAGAUCCUUCUUUCUCCCUGCUGUAUCAGCUUUAUGUUCAGUCCACUACUCAAAUGUUUUUUCCAGGCACAUCUUGAUAACUUCUUAUGCUUUGCAGUUAUGCCGGAUGGACACACUACUUUACUUGCUGGUGUAUCCUCAGCGCCCUUUGUUAACGACAAGGACAAUUGAACUGGUGGGAUAUGACAAACUUGGAGCUGGCCAAAAUGCGACUGUUGCUGUCAUGAGUUAUAGUGGCUAUGACAUAGAAGAUGCCAUAGUCAUGAACAAGUCAUCUCUGGAUCGUGGAUUUGGUCGUUGUAUAGUUAUGAAGAAGGCGUCUUGCAUUAUGAAUCGGAGGUAUGAUAGUGGGGCUUCAGACAGGAUAGUGAGGCCACGUGGACUAGACAAGGACAGGGAAAGGAUCUUGGACGUUGACGGACUUGCUGCACCUGGACAAAUAAUUAGACCAAAUGAUAUCUAUAUCAAUAAAGAGUCCCCAACUGAAACCAAGAAUCAUAAAUCUGCAGAGGCACUAGCUGAUAUGAAAUAUAGGCCUAGUAUGCAAUCUCACAAAGGGCCUGAAGGAGAGUCGUGCGUUGUAGACAGAGUUGCUCUGUCUACUGACAAGAAUAACAACAUGUGUAUCAAAUUGAUAAUUCGUCACACCCGUAGGCCAGAGUUGGGUGACAAAUUUAGUAGCAGACAUGGUCAAAAAGGUGUCUGUGGAACAAUCAUUCAACAAGAAGACUUUCCAUUUUCUGAGCGUGGCAUUUGCCCUGAUUUAAUUAUGAACCCGCAUGGAUUUCCUAGUAACCUUCCGGUGAUUAAUAGUCGAAUGACAGUCGGGAAGAUGAUAGAGCUUCUUGGAAGUAAGGCUGGAGUUUCUUGUGGUAGAUUUCAUUAUGGUAGUGCAUUUGGCGAACCAAGUGGUCAUGCAGACAAGGUUGAUGCUAUAAGUGAAACUCUUGUCCGUCAUGGCUUUAGCUACAAUGGGAAAGAUAUGAUCUAUUCAGGAAUAACGGGAUGUCCACUGCAAGCAUACAUUUUUAUGGGGCCUAUAUACUACCAGAAGUUGAAACACAUGGUCCUAGAUAAAAUGCAUGCUAGAGGUAUGGGCCCUCGGGUUAUGCUUACUAGACAGCCCACCGAAGGAAGAGCUCGAAACGGCGGUAUGAAUUUCAUAUUUAAGAUUGCUUCUCAGAGCUCAAACUUAUCUAGAUCAAAUGGAACACUUAUAGUUUUGAUACUUUCAGGACUUCGAGUUGGUGAAAUGGAACGAGACUGUUUGAUUGCAUACGGAGCUAGCAUGUUGAUUUUUGAGCGCCUGAUGCUUUCAAGCGACCCGUUUGAAGUUCAGGUCUGCGAAGCUUGUGGUUUGUUAGGAUAUUACAACCAUAAGCUGAGAAGUGCGUUUUGUUCCACGUGCAAGAAUGGAGACAAUAUCGCGACGAUGAAACUACCCUAUGCUUGCAAGCUUUUGAUUCAGGAACUUCAAUCUAUGAACAUUGUUCCGCGACUUAAACUCCAGGAGGCAUGAUAGAUGUCUCGAUCGCAAGAGAUGACUAAUCAGUGUCAAUAUCUCAUGUUAAAGUGUCUUCGCUCCAUCUUAGCUUUGGAGCUGUGCAAUUGUAUAAUAGGAGCUGAAGGUUGAGGUGGAGAGAGUUGUAAAGGAAGAAUACUUCUGUUAGGUUGAAAAUUUGGAUAGUGACUCGCAGGAGACUUCCUCCAAGGGAUACAUCAUUAAUUCAUUAUUGGAAUCUUAAAUACAAUAAUAUAUAAUAUAAGAGCUUAUAUUUAUUUGAAUCCUAGAUACAAAAUGUGGUUACGUAAAACAAUUACAUACAUCAUUGAAGAGUU